CGGUCAGUAGACAGGUAGAUCAGUCAAACAUAUAUAUAUAUAUCAUAAAGGUGAUUUAAAGUAUCUGACAAUUGUAUGUCAAUAAAUUCUUUAAAUAGACGAACUGCGAAGUUAAAAACAGGAAGUUUUAUACUUUUGAAGGGAACAAAAUCAUGUCGGCUUCGAUAAAGACCACCUUGAUGAUAUGUUUACUGUAACGCGACUAAAAAAAAUUGUCUUGUAGCGAGAGAUAGCAGAAAGGAAGUUUUAGGGCUUGACGAUGGAGGAUUUGAGGAAACAUCUUAUGGUUGCUGCUUUAGACUUUGGCACUACAUACUCCGGUUAUUCGUUUUCAAUUAGGGGUGACUGGGAAGAUAACCCGUUGAAAAUCAGUAACCCAAUAUGGAUGGCAGGAAGUCGACAGUUUGUGUCAGAGAAAACACCAACAUGUUUAUUAUUGGAUAGUAAUCGAGAGUUUGUAGCCUUUGGAUACGACGCAGAAAAUAUGUGGAUAGAUCUAUUGUUGGAUAAAGAACAUGAGGAAUACUAUUAUUUCGAGCGUUUCAAAAUGAAUCUACACAAUAACAAGAAUAUCACAAGUGGUAUGAUGUUAGAAGAUAUAACUGGGACAAAACGGCUGCCAGCUUUCCAUGUGUUUAAAUUAUCAAUCCAAUAUUUAGUAAACCAUUUGUUAGAUCUUUUGAACAAACGAGGAAAUUUAGUCAAAUACGACGAGGUGCAAUAUGUGCUGACAGUUCCUGCAAUAUGGACAGAUAGAGCCAAACGAUUUAUGAGGUCGUGUGCUGAAGCGGCUGGUAUUCCCACAAACAACUUGAUACUUGCACUUGAACCAGAGGCAGCAUCCAUAUUCUGUCAAUUUUUAUCCACUGAAAAAUUUAAAGGAUCUGAACCAGGAUUCACAAUGACAGCCAAAGGGACAAAGUUCAUGGUGGUUGAUCUUGGAGGCGGCACUGCAGACAUAACUGUUCACGAGAAAGCUGCAAAUGGUCACUUGAAAGAAAAACACAGAGCUAUCGGAAAUGAUUGUGGGGGAACAUCGAUUGAUAAAAGGUUUUUAAAGCUAUUCGAAGAAAUUGUCGGAAAGACCACAAUGGAUUCAUUAAAAAAGGAAAGCCCUCUGGCAUAUAUUGAUCUAGUAAGAGAGUUUGAAUCCGUGAAAAGAACGAUUAAAACAGAAACAAAAACUAAAGUAACUAUGGCCAUCCCGGUCGUUGCGCUUGAGACAGCGUGUCAGAAAGUUCACAACAAGAAUUUACAGUCUCUGUUUGCCGCCUCGUCAUAUUCAACAGAAAUAAAAGUAGCACAAGAUAAAAUUCGAAUUAAUGUUGAGGUUUUCAAUAAGAUGUUUUUGCCUUCAGUUGAUAGUGUUAUAUCACUUAUGAGAGAGAUUUUUCGAAAUAAGUCACUGAAGGACGUGACGCAUUUGCUAAUGGUAGGAGGUUUCUCAGAUUGUCAACUAAUGCAAGACGCAGUUCGCAAAGCAUUCCCAGAGAAGAGAAUAAUAAUUCCAGAAGAAGCUGGGUUAUCAGUGCUGAAAGGGGCCGUUUUAUUUGGCCAUGAUCCAGAGUAUAUACAAUCACGCAUCAUGCGAUGCAGUUAUGGCGUCAAAACGAAUGUUCCUUGGCAUGAACAAAAAUAUGACAGAAAACACUAUGCAGUUAUGGAAGGGGAAGAAAGAUGUGACAACAUAUUUUCUCUUAUUGUCGCGAAAGACGAGAGCGUUGAAGCAGGCAUGCUAGUUAAAAAAUCUUUCUUUACACCUUACAAACACCAAAAUAAGAUGGACAUUAUGGUGUACGUUUCUGAAGAGACAACACCAGGGUACGUCGAUGAUGAUAGGUGUUCAUUGCUAUGUGAACCGACAAUCACCUUUUCAGACACUUGUGAGGACAGGCGUUGGGUAGACGUAGAAUUUAUUCUUGGAAAUACAGAAAUUGGUCUUAAUGCUCACGAUAGAAAAUCUGGGAAGGCGAUAUCAGCAAAGAUUAAUCUUUUUUAAUCAUAGCGAAUAGCAAAGAAAAAUAAAUUGGUUAGAAAGAAGACUUUGAUUUUGAGUUACCAGCCAGGAUGUAGACUUUUCUCGUACAAUUAGGAUUACAUCGUAGGUCUUCCCUUGUAUUCUAAUUAGUACUAAAGAAUGCGUUAUAAUUACAAAUAAAAAUUCGGUUUCAUAUAUUGCCACAAUAUUUUACAUAUUUCGAAAAAAUCUAUUUUCGUAUAUUAUAUAAUCAUCGCAUUAUAUUGCCUUAUUACUUAUACUUUUUGCAAAUCACUAUCUGGUAGGCGAGUUUUUAGACUCCUUUCCUGUUUAUUCUAAAGCUUGAGUUAAAGUUUCCCUUUAUCGCUUUAUGGUACAAAUUUGUUCAUUCAUUUUUGCAUUUGAACAAAGAAAACUUCCGAUGAUAUUAUCUACUAAUACAUUGAAACAUUAAAGUAUAUUUGCUGAAGUAUAAUGUAUAUGUGUUUAGUCAUUAUUUUGGUUUUGUGUUUUGUUGAAGGCCGUUUUUUGACCUAUAGUUGUUACCUACUAUGUCAUCCGAUCUCGUGUGGAAAUUUGUCUCAUUGGUAAUGAUACCACAUCUUCUUAUUUUCAUAAUGAGUCAUUAUGUUAAUAAAAGUAUACUUUUG